AUGAAGGAUGCUAAGGCAUUGGGUAGUAUUCAAGAGGCUGUCUCAGACGACAUUUUCCCUAGGAUUUCGAAUGAAGAAACCUCAAAGGGUGCUUGGAAUUUCUUACACCAGGAAUUUCAUGGUGAUAAGCAGGUCAGAUCUAUCAAAUUGCAGGGUUUGCGACGUGAUUUUGAGUACACAAGGAUGAGGGAUGAUGAGACCUUGUCUGGGUAUCUCACUUGCUUACUUGAGCUUGUGAAUCAGAUGAAGGGAUAUGGGGAAGAUCUAUCUAAAGGAAGAUUGGUUCAAAAACUGGUCAUAAGUCUGACCAAGGAGUUUGAUCCCAUUUGCUAUGUGAUUGAACAAACGAAGGAUAUUGAGACUAUUGAGGUACAAGAAGUGAUUGCUGCAUUGAGGGGGUUUGCUCAACGGCUUGAUAGAUACAUGCUGAGAGCACUACUGAGAGAGCUUUUAGCAGUAUGA